UGAAUAUUGGAUUAACCGACUGCUAAAUUAGCAAUAUAAGUAUCUGCUGUCUUCCGCCCUAGGGUUUUACUGAACCCUUUCGUCUCGAGGAUAGCGGCCGCGGCGGAGUGCGACGAUGAGCAACGACAAGCAACAGAACAACCUCGACGUGUCCGAUCUCCGCGCAGCUUUGAGUGCGGAGGAUAAAGCUGGUCUGGUCGAUGCGCUGAAGAACAAGCUCCAGAGCCUGGCAGGGAAGCAUACCGGGGUAAUGGAAACGCUAAGCCCAGUAAUUAGGAAGCGCGUCGAGGUGCUGAGGGAGAUCCAGAGCCAACACGAUGAACUUGAGGCUAAGUUUUUUGAGGAAAGGGCUGCACUUGAAGCUAAAUACCAGAAGCUUUAUGAACCACUGUACACUAAGAGGUAUGAGAUUGUAAAUGGAAUUGCUGAAGUUGAAGGCAUUGCAGAUGAAUCUGCAACUAAGGCUAGUGAAGAAAAAGGUGUGCCUGGAUUUUGGCUGAAUGCUAUGAAAACAAAUGAAGUGCUAGCAGAGGAGAUUCAAGAGCGUGAUGAGGAAGCUCUCAAAUAUCUAAAGGAUAUAAAGUGGUGCAGAAUUAAUGAACCCAAGGGUUUUAAACUUGAAUUUUUCUUUGAAACCAACCCUUUUUUCAAGAACACUGUUCUGACAAAAACGUACCACAUGAUUGAUGAAGAUGAACCAAUCUUGGAGAAAGCAAUUGGGACUGAGAUUGAAUGGUUUCCAGGGAAGUGCUUGACUCAGAAGAUUCUGAAAAAGAAGCCAAAGAAGGGUUCAAAGAAUGCCAAGCCCAUAACUAAAACUGAGAAUUGUGAGAGCUUCUUUAACUUUUUUAAUCCACCAGUAGUACCUGAAGACGAUGCAGAUAUUGAUGAAGAAGCCGCUGAGGAAUUGCAGAGUCAGAUGGAAGUCGAUUAUGAUAUUGGGUCUGCGAUUAAAGACAAGAUAAUUCCCCAUGCUGUUUCAUGGUUCACAGGGGAGGCUGUGCAAGAUGAUGAUGAGCUAGAACUAGAGAAUGAUGAGGAUGAAGAUGAGGAGGAAGAUGAAGAUGAUGAUGAUGAUGAAGAUGAUGAAGAGGAAGAGGAUGACGAAGAUGAGGAUGAAGAUGAGGAGGAUAAAGGGGAGGCCAAGUCCAGAAAAAAGAGAGUUGGUGGCGAGCAAGGUGAUCGGCCUGCAGAUUGCAAACAGCAGUAAAUUCUUUUACAAUCAUCACAGAGAACCUAUUCUACUCGUGGAGGAUCCUGCAGAGACGGCAUUUUCCAAAUUUGUGUUCUGCCGGUAUUUCUAUGUGAAAGUUCAAUCUGGAAUCAUGUGAGUGUCGUCCUAGCGUGUGGUUGGAAUCUGCAGAUUUUUGGAAUUGCUGAGCGAAGAUUUAUGUUUAUCUUGUGUAAUGUCGUGUCGUUGCUUUCAUGUCGUGCCGUGGCUUUAUUCUCACAGUGAGUGGACUGCAGAUGAGUAAUAUGCUUAUAUUUUCAUUGGACCAUUGCAUUUUUUUUGGGUAACACCUGCAUUUUAUAAAAGUUAAAGUUUGACCA